AUGCCUGGCUCUACUAUUCGUCCACAGCAUUCGGCAGAACAUCUCUACCGUUGUCCAAUGCUCUCAUCUGAGCCUUUGGCGUCCGGACUUGCUAAAGCCUUCAGUCCGACCGUUCCGGCCAGUCGUGCUCAGCUCUGCUUUAUGUCACCUUGCGCCUGCCCCUUCUACUCAAAUCAAAAUAUGGUGAGCAUUUGUCUGGCGAGGGGCAAUUUAUUAGUUGGGAUAAAUAAAUGA